UUUUCCCAUAUUUCUUGGAAACCUAUUAUGCAAGUGAUGGUCAAAGAUUAUCUUUCAACAUCUGAGCAUUUUGUUAUUGCCUUUGUAAUCUAUAACCCAGUGGUGACUAUAAAAAGUCAAAUUUGGAGUUGAUACCUUUAAGAAUGCACACUACAUAAAAGCUCUGCAGAGUUUCUGGAGUCCUCACUUUCAGAGUAGCACUUGUUUAUUUAUGCAACUUUUUCUUUAAAGAGUAUUUUUUACUUUCACAAUAGAUGAAGAAGUGAUUUAAAAGACAGAAUUCCAAGAGUAUGCAGGAUUAUGAUGAAGUCACAGCAUUUCUUGGUCACUGGGGACAUUUCCAGCAAAGUGUUUUCUUCCUACUUUGUGCCAGCGUGUUGCCAAAUGGAUUUGGUUCUUUUUCCCUCAUCUUCCUGACUGACAUUCCCAGACACCACUGCCUGGUUCCCGAUAUUAACUUGACAGAAGACUGGCAUCAAGCUAUCAUUCCAAUGGAGAUGGUGAAUGGGAAGCUGGAGCUGAGCAGAUGUCGGAGAUACAGGCUGGAUGUGGUCAAAAAUCUUUCAGCUCAGGGAUAUAUUCCAGGUCAGGAUGUUAAUCUUACUAACCUGGAGCAAGAAGGGUGUGUUGAUGGGUGGAGCUAUAGCAAAGACAUCUAUAAAUCCACUAUAGUCUCUGAGUUUGACCUGGUGUGCAGUGAAGAGUGGAAGCAGCCGUUUACUUCCACAGUUUACUUCAUGGGAGUUUUAGUUGGAUCCUUUUUUUCAGGACAGCUGUCAGACAGAUUUGGAAGAAAGCCAGUUCUGUUUCUGACCAUGGCACUUCAGACUCUUUUCACUUUUGUUCAAAUCUUCUCAUCAUCUUGGACAGUGUUCUGCAUCCUCCUGUUCAUCAGUGGUUUGGGACAAAUCUCUAACUAUGUUUCUGCUUUUGUGCUCGGCACUGAAAUCUUCACUGGCAAUGUGCGGGUCCUUUUCUCAUCCAUGGGUGUAUGUCUUGCCUUUGCCUUUGGCUUUAUGAUGCUUCCUCUCUUUGCCUACUUUUUAAGGGACUGGACAUAUCUCCUGUUAGGUAUAUCUCUCCCUGGCCUUCUCUACCUUCCUCUUUGGUGGUUAAUCCCAGAGUCUCCUCGGUGGCUGCUUUCACAGGGAAGAGUGGAGGAAGCAGAGAACAUAGUGAAAUAUGCUGCCAAGAAGAACAAAGUAGAGGCUCCACAGGUCAUCUUUGAUGAUUACGAUUCACCAGCAGAUAAGACUCAGGCUAAUGAACAUCACAGUAUCUUCAGCCUGCUAAGGACUGCAAACAUCAGAAACACAUCAAUCAUUCUCUGCCUUGUGUGGUUCACUCUAAGUACUGGCUACUUUGGCUUAUCCCUAAAUACAUCUCGACUCCAUGCCGAUCCAUUUAUCAGCUGUUUCAUCUCAGCAGCCGUGGAGGUUCCAGCAUACAUUACCAGCUGGCUGGCUUUGCAAUACCUUCCACGACGACUCGCUGUCGUAAGCAUCUUGCUCCUUGGAGGAGCAUCACUGUAUUUCAUUCAACUUGUGCCUCAUGGUCUAUCAUAUCUGUCUAUUACUCUAGAGAUGGUGGGCAAAUUUGGUAUUACCACCGGUACUGCCCUGAUGUUUGUAUAUACAGCAGAACUGUUCCCAACAGUACUCAGGAAUACUGCAACAGGAAUGUGUACUACUGUAUCCAGAGUGGGAAGCUGUAUUGCACCAUUUUUGUUAAAGCUGAGUCAGUACUUUAAAUAUCUGCCUUAUAUUACACUGGGGACUCUUGCUGUUGUGUCUGCCUUCGCUACUGUGUUCCUACCAGAGAGUUUCGGACGGCCUUUGCCUCAAACUAUUGAACAGAUGCAUAAAAGAGAAAGAAUGAAAUGUCCCUUCAUUACUAGAAAAGGACAAUCAAAACAAGUGAAGAUUUUUGAAAGUCGACUAUGAUUGUUUCCAACACCGAUGACUCACGAAUAUAUUGUUUUUACUUCCUGUGUCUCACUGCUAUGUUUUUGCUGUUCUUUGCAUUGGAGUCAGUAAUAACAUGGUAAUAAAGUUGAAGAAAACGAAGUAAUUACACAACUUGAAUCCAGACGAUGUUGUUUUAACAGUGUGUAUGACUGAAGGUAAACUUAAUGUAACCAAUAUUUUUGGAGCAGCAGCUUGAAUGUCCUUGUUGGUUAGCAGAACAGGCUGUCAGCAAUUUUGCUAUGUAAUUUGGUUAAUCUUGAAACAUAAAGCAUUAUUUUAUUACAUGUUUGCAUUUGUUUAAUAUGCAAUAUUUUCAAUAGGGUACGUUUGACAAACUCAUAAUUACUUUAUUACUUUAUGAACAAUUUUCUGUAACUGAAGUCAUAAUUUGUGAAGAAUUAGUGAAUUUGUUGUUGUGUGUAAAGAGUGAGUACUGAAAUAAUGAUUUAGUAAUGACAGAAAAUCUAUCUCUUCUACCUACCCUUUCUUCAUUUAUUAUGCUACAGCCACAAAAAACACAACUGUGAUUGGAAACUGCAGCAUGAACAAAGUUACUGCAACCAUGUGCAAUAAACUUCAUUUCACUUCAUUUAAAUGGUUGAUUUAACCCUUUCAUGCAUGAAUUAUAACAACCUCAAUCAGGUUUUUUUCUUAAAUAUUUAUAUUCAUCAUCAUGAAUGAAUGAAUAAUGAAACACGUCAUACAUCUAUAGUAACAUUAAACGUUCAGUGGGUGCCAGGGUAUGGAGUGACACAUCAGUGUCCAAUGUAGUGGUUUAUGUGCAAGUAUACCAUCAACACUGACACAAAUACAAGAAAACAGCCUUUGAAUAGCUGUCCACUGUAGUGACAACUAUGCAUGAAAGGGUUAAAGACCAGGAACCAUUCACAUUCAAUUGCCUUCAAAGCGACCUUGGUGCAUCAGGAUGGUGAAAUAACAAAAAUAAAACAG